AUGUCGGAUUCUGAAAGUCUUCAUUACGUGGUAAUGCUCUUUCAACCACCGGCCGCCGAGUGGAUUUUUAAUCACCGAGCAAACAACCCGGUGGUGACGUUGCUAGAAUUCUUGGAAGACGUGUGCUACAGGUUUGAUCCACAGAGUUUUCGUAAUAGCAUUGGUCCGUUGUCCAAGUUGGUUCAGACGGGUUCGGUGACCGAAUAUCACGAUACUUUUGAACGCUACCUUAACAGAGUUCAAGGUCUUUCCGGGGAGGCACUGAUCCCGAUUUUAAUUACUGGUCUUAAGGAACCUAUACAAGAGACAUUGGAGUUACAACAGCCAGGCUCCCUGGCUGAGGCUAUGGCUUUGGCCUUGUGGCUAGCGGCGUCACACGAGGUGCGCCAACUUCCGCCGAGUCGCGGAAAAUGGCCAAUCCGGGAUUCAUGUUUUUUCCCUAUCAGUCAGAGCCCACCCGUCGGCCAGUCGGACAUGCCAGCCAAGGAUCCGACAAAAAUAAGCUUCAAACCGAUUCGAGUUUCGAACGCAGAGAAGGCAGAGCGCUCACGAAAGGGGCUAUGCUAUCAUUGUCUGGAAAAGUGGACACUGGGCCAUGUGUGCAAACAGAAGAUGCUUUCUUAUGUGGGCGAGGAUGAGGGUGACAACGGGCGAGAUGAGUCGGAUGGCGAUGAAGAAGGCGAUACAAUUAUCGCCGCAGAUUUGUCGCAUCUUCACGCCUUGGCAGGAGGCACUAAAGCUCGUCCGUUCAAUGUUGUGGGUACAAUCGGGAAGACGACAAUGGGUAUACUUAUUGAUACUGGCAGCACACACAAUUUCCUUCAUCCACGAGUAGCGAAAGAAUUACAGUUAGCGCUGACUCCUAUUAGACCGUUUCCUGUUUAUGUGGACAACGGUGCAUCGUUAAUCUGCUCACAUAUCGCACGUCGUACCAAGCUAUUUGUUCAUGGGGUUGACUUCCUCAUUGAUCUGCACAUUAUGGAGAUCCACAGUCCGGAUAUUGUAUUGGGAAUGGAUUGGCUAGAGUCGUUGGGCAAGAUCUCUGCCGAUUUUGUUGGGAAAACAUUGGAGUUCAGUCGGAACGGUGUCCGGGUGACACUGCACGGCGUCCAGCCUUCACCUCGCCUCAUCUCCUUGCAGUCUUUGGCAAUGCUCACGGCUCAUUCGUCAAGCCACGAGUUUUAUGAAAUUAUUAGGGUGGAAUCGGAAGGUGUUACGGCCGUGACACCGGCAGAUGAGGAGUUUCCACCUGAUACCCCAGCGGAUAUUCGGCACGUCUUGGAGCAGUUCCGCCAGAAUAAUGAGAUCGAGCGCCAGGUGCAGGACAUGCUAGAGCAGGGUAUAAUUCAACGGAGUCACAACCCCUUCUCGUCCCCGGUCCUCCUCGUCUGGAAGAAGGAUGGGACAUUCAGAUUUUGCAUUGAUUACCGGACGCUGAAUUUGGCUACGUUUCCUGAUCAUUUCUCUAUUCCGACGAUACGCAUGCAUGACUCCGAUGUUUUCAAGAUGGCUUUCCGGACCCACGACAGUCACUUGGAGUUCCUGGUUAUGCCGUUUGGCCUCACCAAUGCCCCCCCAACGUUAGAGGAGCACUGUUCGCACUUGGCAGAGGUAUUAAAGUUGCUGCAGACACAUCAGUUCUUUGUCAAGCUUUCCAAAUGUUCUUUCUGCGGCACGACGAUGGAGUAUUUGGGUCACUUGGUGUCGGACGGAGUUUUGAAGGCAGAUCCGGCUAGGAUCGUACCAAUGACUUCGUGGCCCCCGCCUAAGACGGUCAAGCAGCUGCGUGGUUUUUUGGGACUGACGGGUUACUAUCGUCGAUUCGUCGCGAAUUAUGCUAUGAUCGCGGCCCCGCUCACAGAUCUCCUUAAAAAGGAGGCAUUCGUUUGGUCCCCGGAGGCGGAGGAAGCGCUCUCGGCCCUCAAGCAGGCUAUGACGUCGGCCCCAGUCCUGAGCCAGCCUGAUUUUGACAAACAGUUCUGCAUAGAGACAAACGCUUCAGACAUUGGCAUCGGGGCGGUACUCAUCCAGGAUAAACACCUGAUUGCCUAUUUCAGUAAGAAAUUGGGACCUCGACGCCGUGUAGCGUCGACUUAUCACAAGGAACUGUACGCCAUAGUGGAGGCAGUACAGAAAUGGCGGCAGUACCUUCUUAGGCGUGACUUCAUCAUUCGAAGCGAUCAAAAGAGCUUGAAGGAUCUCCUGCAACAGAUUGUCCAAACCCCGGAUCAACACCUCUAUGUGCGGAAGCUAAUGGAUGCAUUGUCCCGGCGGGACAACAGCGACGAAAAUUCCAGCGGCGACGAUCCCGGGGAGACGGUGGCUGCAUUGAACGCGGCUGAGGAGCAGCUGACGGUGAACGAAGCAGCUUUGUUCACCGCUAUUGCUCAACCGAUACCCAAAUUAUUGGACUCGCUGCGUGCGGAGACGUCGCAGUUACCCGACUUACCUCAGCACCAACUCCAAGUUCAAACGGACCCUCUUGACGGAACACCACUGCACGCCACUUGCGGGCCAUCCGAGGCACGAGCGAAAGUUUCACCUGCUGUCGUCGGGGUUUUAUUGGCCAAAUAUGCACAAAGAUGUGAAGAAAUUUGUCGAAUCUUGUGCGGUGUGCCAAUCGACGAAGUAUUCCACUCAAAAGCCUGCAAGGUUGUUGCAGCCACUGCCGAUUCCCUCGCAAGUCUAGGAAGAUGUGUCCAUGGACUUCAUUACGGGUCUUUCCCCUCUCGAGGGUAUACCGUGAUCAUGGUGGUGGUGGACCACCUCUCCAAGUACGCACAUUUUGCCCCAUUGCCUACCAAAUUUGAUGCAUUACGGGUGGCGCAUUUAUUCAUUAACACAGUGGUCCGGCACCAUGGAUUUCUGAAGACGUUGGUUUCUGAUAGGGACUCGGUGUUCUUGAACGCCACUUGGGAAGAAAUGCUCCGUCUAAGUGGCGCCAAAUUACAUUUUUCCACGGCUUACCAUCCGCAAUCCGAUGGCCAGACGGAGGUACGAAACAGAGGCUUGGAGCAAUAUCUGCGAGCGUUCACAGCUGAUCGCCCUUCUAAGUGGUGUAUUCUGCUACCUUGGGUUGAGCUCUCCCUUAAUUGUUUCCACCACGCCGCACUAGGGAUGUCACCUUUCCGAGCCCUUCAUGGUUGA